GUAUCAAAAUCUUCAGUCUUUCCUCAUUAAAACAAGCAUUAACAUCAUUGCAUUCAGCCUUACUUAGCAUCAGAUCUCUAUAUAUAGAAAUAUAUAAAUCUAUAUCUAUACAUGGUCUUGUGAUAGUUGUGACUGCACUGUUGGCUUAGUUUGAGUGAGACAGCGGAUAUCUGUUUUGUGUUCCUAAGACCAAUGGCUAUGUCAUUGAUCUCAAGAGGGACUCACUGGCUUCUUCUUACUUGUGUGAUUCUUGUCUCGCAUAUAUGCGAUGGGUUUUAUUUGCCUGGAAGCUACAUGCAUACGUAUUCAACACGUGAUGAAAUAUAUGCCAAAGUUAAUUCUCUGACAUCUAUCGAGACAGAGCUUCCGUUUAGCUAUUACAGUCUACCAUACUGCACGCCUAAAGGAGGGAUAAAGAAAAGUGCAGAAAAUAUAGGAGAACUACUUAUGGGUGACCAAAUUGAUAACUCUCCUUAUCGUUUCCGUAUGAAUGUCAAUGAGUCUGUUUUUCUCUGCACAACACGCCCGUUAAGUGAGCAUGAGGUUAAGCUUUUGAAACAGAGAACUCAUGACUUGUAUCAAGUUAAUAUGAUUUUGGAUAACUUGCCUGUUAUGAGGUUUGCUAAUCAGAAUGGACUUAAAGUUCAGUGGACUGGUUUCCCUGUUGGAUAUGCUCCUCCCAACAGUGAUGAUGUUUACAUUAUCAAUCAUCUGAAAUUCAGGGUAUUCAUACAUGAGUAUGAAGGCACGGGUGUGCAGAUAUUUGGCACAGGGGAGGAAGGUAUGGGUGUAAUUUCGACACCUGAUGAUGAGAAAAAGGCUUCUGGAUACGAAAUUGUUGGUUUUGAGGUUUUCCCAUGUAGCGUUAAAUAUGACCCUGAAAAGAUGGCAAAACUCCAUCAAUAUGAUGAAGUGCCAUCUGUGAACUGCCCGCUGGACCUUGAAAAAUCUCAAGUUAUAAGGGAACAAGAGAGGGUAUCAUUUACCUACGAGGUUGAAUUUGUGAAAAGUGAUAUCAAAUGGCCAUCUCGUUGGGAUGCUUAUCUCAAAAUGGAUGGUUCACGUGUUCACUGGUUCUCUAUUCUUAACUCGCUAAUGGUGAUCUUCUUUCUAGCUGGUAUCGUUUUUGUCAUCUUUUUAAGAACAGUGAGAAGGGAUCUUACGCGAUAUGAAGAACUUGACAAAGAGUCUCAAGCACAAAUGAAUGAGGAACUGUCAGGAUGGAAACUUGUUGUGGGCGAUGUGUUUCGUGAACCAAAUCACUCGAAGCUUCUAUGUGUGAUGAUAGGAGAUGGGGUCCAGAUCACCGGCAUGGCAGUUGUCACCAUUGUUUUUGCUGCUUUAGGGUUUAUGUCGCCAGCUUCACGGGGUAUGCUUUUAACAGGAAUGAUAAUCCUUUAUCUCUUUUUAGGAACUGGUGCAGGGUAUGCUGGUGUAUAUCUAUGGCGAGUCAUUAAAGGAACAUCAGAGGGAUGGAGGUCCGUUUCUUGGUCAAUUGCAUGUUUCUUCCCAGGAAUCGUUUUUGUUAUCCUUACUGCUUUAAAUUUCCUUCUUUGGGGAAAUAAAAGCUCUGGUGCAAUUCCCAUCUCUUUAUACUUCAUCCUUCUAUCACUCUGGUUUUGCAUCUCGGUCCCACUCACCCUCUUAGGAGGAUACUUGGGAACUCGAGCUGAAACCGUACAAUACCCUGUCCGAACCAACCAGAUUGCUAGGGAGAUCCCGGCAAGAAAAUACCCUUCAUGGCUAUUGGUUCUUGGUGCUGGAACCCUUCCAUUUGGAACCCUUUUUAUUGAACUCUUUUUCAUCCUUUCAAGCAUCUGGCUCGGAAGAUUCUAUUAUGUAUUCGGGUUUUUGCUUGUUGUCCUUCUGUUGUUGGUCAUUGUAUGUGCUGAAGUUUCUGUAGUUCUCACCUACAUGCAUUUGUGCGUCGAGGAUUGGCAGUGGUGGUGGAAAGCAUUUUAUGCUUCUGGCUCAGUUUCCCUUUAUGUGUUCUUGUAUUCCAUAAACUACUUAGUUUUUGAACUGCAGAGUUUGAGUGGUCCCGUAUCCGCCACACUAUAUCUUGGUUACUCGCUGAUCAUUGCAGUUGCUAUCAUGUUGGCUACUGGAACCAUCGGCUUCAUCACAUCUUUCUUCUUUGUUCACUAUCUUUUUUCAUCAGUAAAGAUUGAUUAGAAAACAAGAGUUUUUUAUAUCAUUAUAUGACCAUUUGAAGCAGGAUGGUUCCUUGAUUAUCUUACUAAAACACACAGCAUUGAAUACACUCAGCAGCCUUUACUUGUUAAGGUUAGAAAUUUCAGUUGUAUUUUUUCUAUUUUUAUCUUGUUUGUUUCCCCACUUGUAUGACUCAACUUGUAUGCUUCGACAUCGAAAAGAAAUUUAGAUACUUUUUGUAUUUUUGUUUUAUCAAUGAAAUUGCUGGAAUGGAAAGACUAAGUUUAGUUUUUGCGUAA